AUGAACAGGCGGGCGGCCGAGGCCGUGACUUUUCGGCAUUCCUUCCGAACGGACGCCACCCCACAUUCCGAAACCGAACAAGCGACGAAGACGCCGACGCCGACGCCGACGGUGCACGCGAUGCCUUUCACGAUUCGCCCGGCCGGCCAUCGUCGACAUCGCCCGGCCCCGAUUUCCCCCAGAGCCCCGCCGCGCGCCAACAUCGUUGCGCGCUUCCCGAGUGAGAGGACGACGAGGGACGUAAGGCGUGCAAAUACGGCUCAACGGCACGUCUAUACACUUUUACCCACGCACGCGGGACGGGAUGCAAUCGACUGCCACUAUGGCUACUACGGCUACUACGGCUACGACGGCUACGGCUACGGCUACUACUACCACUACAGCUACUACUAA